AUGUCGUCGUCUAAAGUGAACCGUGACACUCUGUACGAGUGUGUCAACGGAGUCCUCAAGGGAUCAAAGGGCGAGGAUGGCGGCAAGAAGCGCAAGUUUCUCGAGUCCGUCGAGCUGCAGAUCGGUCUGAAGAACUACGAUCCGCAAAAGGACAAGCGUUUCUCGGGUACCGUGAAGCUGCGCCACAUCCCUCGACCCAAGUACCGUGUCUGCAUUCUGGGUGACCAGCAACAUUGCGAUGAGGCCAACGCCAACAACAUCCCGUGCAUGGACGCUGAGGCCCUGAAGCGUCUGAAUAAGAACAAGAAGCUGGUGAAGAAGCUCGCCAAGGACUACGAUGCCUUCCUGGCGUCCGAGUCGCUCAUCAAGAUGAUCCCACGUCUGUUGGGUCCCGGUCUGAACAAGGCCGGCAAAUUCCCCACCCUGCUGGCGCACACCGAGAACAUGGUCGCAAAGGUGGACGAGGUGAAGGCUACCAUCAAGUUGCAGAUGAAAAAGGUGCUCUGCUUGGCCGUCGCCGUCGGUCACGUUGACAUGCCCUCGGAGGAGCUGGCCCAGAACAUCAACUUGACCAUCAACUUUUUGGUCUCUCUGCUGAAAAAGAACUGGCAGAACAUCAAAUCGCUGCACGUCAAGUCCACCAUGGGCAAGCCUCAGCGACUCUACUAA